AUGGUCAUCGAAGAGCUGGCGAGCUCCCUCACCUUUGACUCCCGUCAGUCCUCUAUGGAGUCUUUGGCCAGUCUCGACACACGCUCCACCUUCUCAAGCCACUCGGCUAGCAGCAGUCCAGUUCCUCCCAGAGGCUCACCACUACAUCAUCGUUUUAGAGUCUCUGCCAAGAAAGCACUGUUGCUCUGGGUCCGGGAGCAGUGCCACAAAGCUGGCUGCUCAGUAAACGUAAAAGACUUCAAGGCUAGCUGGAGGAGUGGAGUGGUUUUCCUGGCUAUCCUGUAUGCUCUGCGGCCUGACCUGGUGGACCUAUCCAAGGCCAGAACGAGAAGCAACAAACAGAACCUGGAGGAAGCCUUCCGUAUUGCAGAGAAAGAGCUGAGGAUCCCCCGACUGCUGGAGCCUGAUGAUGUGGACGUUCGAGACCCCGAUGAGAAGUCCAUCAUGACUUAUGUGGCUCAGUUCCUGCAGUACUCCAGGGACCUGCCAGUGCCAGAAGAAGAAAUGCAGGCGACACCUGACCGUAAGGCGCAGGAAAUGACAUGCUGGCUGGUUCAGGCCUAUGAUGAGCUGCUGGAGGGAUGGGACUCCACAGAAGGAGAAAGCUACUCAGAAAGAUAUAAUGUAUUUCAGACCUUUCUGGUGUCCUUUAAUGAGCAACGACGGCCCAUCAUGCCUUUGUUGACGGCCAUGAGACGAACCCCAAAACUGAGCGACGAGCAACGGACUCUUAGAGAGGCGUGGGAUACUCUCACUGAAAAGCUCCGUGAGUACAAAGUUGCUUUAGAUAUGAGUCUUCCAGCCCCCUUGGACACAGUAGCCCGCUGGCUUUUGAGAACAGAGGAGUCUUUGGCUGAGGAAGAUGGCAACCCUCAAGACCACGGCCGUGCUGCUGAUGAAGCGAGGGAGAAGCACGAACUGCUCAAAGCUUGCCUGGAGGAGAUGCCACAGCACGUGAGGACCUUCCAGUCCUUCCAGAACAUAGAUGAGUACGGAAACAUGAUGAUUCCUACUGACAAGAUGGAUGAGCUCAAGAGGAGAUUUACCAGCGUCAGAGUGACUGCCAAGUAUCAUGGGAUCAAGCUAGAGUACAGAGAGCAUCGCCACACUGUUUUGGAUCUGUUGGGGCAGAUCAGGACCAAGCUUCGUGUCUGGAAGAGACCUUAUAUCUCCUCAGAGGCAGUCAGGGUGUUGCUGCAAGAGUGGCAUGAACUCGUAAACACACAAGAGCUGCCUUCCAUGUUGGAAACGACUAUUCGUAAGCUGAAGCAGAUUUCUGAGAAAUAUUCAAGCAAAUCUGCCCUUGCUUCAGAUUAUCAGCAUGUCAGUCAGCAGGUGAAGCAGCUGGAGGAGGACACUGCUGUUGUUUUAGAGGACGUGACCACAGUGAAAAGCACAAUGGGACGGGUUCUGUCUGCCUGGGACUCGUACAGCGACUCCCUUAGUUCCCUGCAGGCUUGGCUUGAACAGUGCUCUGCAACACACAGCCACAGACCUGAGCUGACCUCCGCAUCCAUGGCUGAGUGGGGCUCUCGUCAGGCCCACCUGAAUGAGGUGGGGAACUUCCUGAUUAAGUCAACGGAUCCUCAGACCAGCAGGAGCCUGGCAGAGGAGCUUCGAAAAGUCAACAUGCAGUGGGCUGAGUUUGUCAAGAAAAACACUUUGGAAAACAUUGGUGAGCCAAGUGAAGUUACCCAUGUAAACCCAGAUGACAUCAGAGCUUUGAUCAGAGAGGGCACAUUGAUUCUCAAAGAGCCUCUGGAUGUUAUGGCGGGUCCUUUACGCACCUACAGGAAAAGAUUACAGUUUAUAAUGAGGAAGAUUAAAGACGUGGAUCUGGAUGCAUUGGCUUCUGUCCCAGAAUGCCCAGCAGAUCAGUUACAGAAACUGAAGCUUGCAGUACCAGAAGUUAUGCAGACAUUAUCUGAGGCAGAAAAGGUUUGUGUAGAGCUGCAACACAGUGUGUCUGGGCUGGACAGUCGAUUGGCUGAACUUCUACAUUGGGAGACUGAAGCCAGGGAGCUCUACCACCUGCUGAGGGCCACCGAUCGGCAACAAAAACAGGUCCAGACCUCACAAGCCAGGGUCACUAUUUCCCGUGGUCUACAGCUCGAAGGUCAGGUAGUCACAGAGGAGCAAGACCUGCAGGUGAUUGUAUCGACAAAUCAGAAGAGCUCUCCCAUCCACUACCUCCAUGCCUCUGCCAUGCAGGAUCGAGUGCGAGCCGCUGUUGCUCAGUCACAGUCCCAUGACUCUGUGAAGAAACAGUCAUCAACCAAGCCACAGACCCAACAACAGCUCCAGCCACAGGAUCAGGCUCUGGUUCAACCAGCUGGUCCUCAGCCAUCUAAGCAGCCACAGUUCAGACUCUAUCACAUUGGACCCAGCAAACGCCCCAGAUUGCCCACCAUAGGGUUUCUCAUAUGGGGCCAUCAUAUACUCAACCGCAAAUGCAUCCUCAAGCUCAACCCCAACCCUGGACUCAAACACAGCAGCAAACUGGGCCCCAGAGUUCCAUGCACCAACAUACCCAGAUGA